CAGGGCACGUGACCCAUGAGUCGGCUGGGUGGAGGUGGGGAGGCACUGCGCAGGCGCGCUCGGCGCCCAGGUGAGUUAGAAGGGGCGGAGACAGCGUGUAGCCCGGGCGGGCGGGGAAGCACCCGCUUGGGACAGAAGAAGCAAAAGAAGAAGAGGAGGAGGCGGCUCGGGGGUCGUGGUCGGUGGCUGCUGCCCCGUGGUGCCGCUAACAUGUCUUCCAACACGGCGCCCGCUACUUCUUCGGCAGCUGUCAGUAUUCUGCCCACCACCACAGCCAAGACUAAGACCAAGAAGAAACACUUCGUGCAGCAGAAAGUCAAGGUGUUCCGGGCCAGCGACCCGCUCGUCAGUGUCUUCAUGUGGGGAGUCAAUCACUCGGUCAAUGAGCUCAACCAAGUUCCGGUUCCGGUGAUGCUUUUACCAGAUGAUUUUAAAGCCAACUCAAAAAUUAAGGUCACUAACCACCUCUUCAACAGGGAGAAUUUACCAAAUCACUUCAAGUUUAAAGAUUACUGUCCUCAAGUUUUCCGAAAUCUCCGUGAACGUUUUGGUAUAGAUGACAUUGACUAUCAGUUCUCCCUGACGCGUAGUUCUCCAUACACUGAAAAAGAAGCUCAUGAUGGACGAUUUCUUCUGUCUUAUGACAAAACUCUAGCCGUUAAGGAAAUCUCCAGUGAAGAUGUGGCAAACAUGCACAGUAUCCUAUCUGACUACCACCAACAUAUUGUGAAAUGUCAUGGUAGCACACUUCUGCCUCAGUUUUUGGGGAUGCAUCGUUUAAGUGUAGACAAUGAAGACUUCUAUAUGCUGGUAAUGAGAAAUAUGUUCAGCCAUCGCCUUACAGUUCACAGGAAAUACGAUCUUAAGGGAUCUUUGGUGUCUCGCGAGGCUAGUGAUAAAGAAAAGAUAAAGGAACUUCCGACAUUGAAGGACAUUGAUUUUCUAAACAUGAGCCAGAAAGUAUAUGUUGAUGAGGAACAAAAGAAAGUCUUCAUGGAGAAGCUGAAACGGGAUGUUGAGUUUCUGGUACAGUUAAAAAUCAUGGAUUAUAGUCUGUUGCUGGGAAUACAUGAUGUCCAUCGAGCAGAGCAAGAAGAGGAAUACGAGACUGAAGAGGAGGAUGCUGAAAAUGAGGGAACAGUUCAUGCAACUGUUGGUUCCUAUGGGACCUCACCGGAAGGAAUUGCCGGCUACUUGAACUCCCAUAAACCUCUAGGCCCUGGAGAAUUUGAUCCAAUCAUUGAUGUUUAUGCCAUUAAAAGCUCAGAGAGUGCUCCACAGAAAGAAGUCUAUUUCAUGGGACUGAUUGACAUUUUUACACAGUAUGAUGCAAAGAAGAAAGCCGCUCAUGCAGCCAAAACGGUGAAGCAUGGGGCUGGUGCGGAGAUUUCUACUGUACACCCCGAUCAGUAUGGAAAAAGAUUCCUGGAGUUUGUCACAAAUAUAUUUGCAUAAAAUUUUAGACUGUUUUUGGUGCAUUUAUUGAAGGUCUGACUAAAAUGGACAAGAAAUCCUCCUCUGAAUGCUGACCCUGAAUGUCCUGGACGUUUUUCUUUGGACUUUAUUUCCGUAUUUGGAGGGAGAAUACCCAGUAAAUCAAAAUGCAGGGCCAUUCUAGGUACUAAUAUUAGAGCAAUAAAAAAAAUACAUUUUAUGGACUAAAGUGGGAAAAAUGUAAAUCCUAUGGUACCAGGCUCAGCAUCUUCAGCAUUUAAUACCUACCUUGUAUUGUUACCAUUAUUUUUGCAGACCAGCUAGGCAGCAGUGUUUCCACUUAAAUCUGCCAUAAGAAAAAUAUUCUGUAUUUCCAACAGAUGAUGCUCAUAAUUGCAUGUAGGGGUAAUGUGAUAUACAUGCUACAGGAAAUCCAGUUGCUGGUAUUUGGAGUGGAUAAUAGAGAACCAAAUAAGGGACAAUCUAUAGAGUCUAUGAUUGCAGUAUAUGAGGUGGCGUCUACCUCCUGAUCUUACUCAGUUUCCUUCUUCUGAGCCCACAAUCUUUGUCAAAGUGGACAGGAGCAUGGGUCACAAAUACAGCUGUAUAUAACGUGUUUUCAUAAAUGCCCAUUAUUUGUAGUUUUUCUAUAUGCCAGUGCGGUGGGGUUUGGUACAUGGAAACUCCUCCUUUUCUGCAUUUCUAGGUUCUUCUGUUUAUAUAGAUGUAUACAUUCUUGUUUCAUAAUUUAUCUUUCUGUGCAUAUUUUGCAUUCCUUGGCGCUGACUUUAUUGUAGUAUAUUUUAGAAGAUAAAAACUUCUAUUUAUUUUUAGCCUGUUUCUUGUAUUUAAAACUUUUAAGAAUGGUUUCCUUUCUAUUGAAAUAUCACCUUUAAGAAUUUUAAAAAAUACUCCUAAAGUGUAAAAAAAUUUCAUCCACACUGGUAUAAGCUACACAUUACCUGCAAUAACUUUAGUCUUCAGUACAACUUUAUACACAGUGUAUAUUUGUUUUAUGGGUUAUCGAAGGUAUAUUAAAAAUAGUACAGUGAGACCUCUGAAAGAUCACCCUCUUAUCCAGACCAGACUCCUGUGACAGAUUCUGUUCCAUCUUAUACAUACUGGCCAUGUUCGCUAAGAAGACGGCUUUUUGAUGCAGUUUUAGACGAUCAUUUUCUACAGGUAUCACUGCCCACCUAAAUAAAUCAGGGUUAGUAUAGCAAAGGGCAGUUACUUUUUAAUAACAUUCUUCAAUAUUGAUGGCCUAUCUUUAGGACAGAGAAUUGGUGAGGGUCUCUGUCCCCCUAUUGGAGAGGGGCCAGAGCCUCUUCAUUGUUUACCAGCCAUGGCGCCAUACAUUUGGUCAGCUGUACCUGGUGCUGCAGGCUGCUAUUAAAGAGCCUUAGUACCAGGCACAACCACUACAACAUAUAUGCAGCUGUCUUAUUUUUUU